GAGCACUGCGCCUUUAAGAGCCAUGCAGAAGCGCCGGUGUGGCCGGUGUGUGUUCCUGUGUGUGUCAGCCGUACCCAUCAUGGCCACUGAGCAGCAGCUGAUGAGACGGACCCAGCCCGUUAGACACCGGUACCGGUGAGGAGGCUUCAUGCCUCCAUCAUCCUCCUCAUCCUCAGUGAGAUCUCCGAGCAGGAUGACUCGUGGCGGCAGCAUGAAUAAGGAUUACUCCAUUAAUCUGUCGGUGCAGCAAGUGCUCAGUCUCUGGGUCCAGGGCACGGUACCGACCCUACAGCACUUCACAGAGAUGUGGUACUGGGUGUUUCUCUGGUGUCUGUUCUCAUCUCUGUUCGUCCACAGCGCCGUGGGUCUGCUCAUGUGCGUUACGCUUCAGCGUCAUAAGAGAGGACGAUUGAUCACGGUGGUCCUGAUCAGUGUGGGCUUCCUGGCAUCGCUCACAGGAGGAGUUAUCACCAGUGCGGCAGUCGCAGGUGUGUAUCGUGUGGCGGGGAAGGACAUGACACCAUUAGAAGCUCUGGUUUUCGGGGUCGGCCAGACCACAUUCACCGUCAUAAUUUCAUUUUCACGGAUACUGGCCACGCUCUGAAUGGACAGAGUCGCUCACUAAUGCAGCCAACCGGCUCACAGAAGAGGCGGGAUGAGGAUAAAGUGCUUUGAGCCGAGGUGAGUGGCAUUAAACCAGAGAGGGGUGUGUCCUGCGGUGCAUCGGAUUAGCUUUAGGAGUAACUCGUAUACCCUAAACCCUAUUGGUUCAAAUCAGAUGCAAAAACAGCAUGAAGCUGUUUAUAAGCCUUUGUCAGAAACUCAAUCAACGUGCCAAUUGCCUUGAUGGAGAACUACAAUGACGUUUUUGUUUUGUUUUUGCACAUGAAACGCUGCAGCUUUAUUUCCACCACUUGAUGUUGGAGUCGUAGCAAUGCAGUACAGUGGAAAAAUACUGCAACCAUAAUCACAUGGAUGGAUCUAUCUAUCUAUCCUAACCAUUUGGGCGGCCUGAAACAUUCCUGUUUGUAUGGAUGGAUUUUGACUUUGGUCUAACAGUGUUAUCACAUCGUGAUUUUUUUCCACUUUGCACAUUUUUUACAUGGAGGAAGAUGUUUAAUAUGCUUUAAUGGAUCUGAAUGCUGGGGCAGGGCGCUGCUUAACAACACAGACCUUUUAUUAAAAGACGUUAAGACUAAUCUGGUCUCUUUAAACCUAGUUAAUGUAGUUUUAUAUCAUUAUAUUAUGGCCUGUACAUAAUCUGAUUGCUCUACACAGUAAUUCGAGUCUUUAUGUAUAAUCCACAUUACUGUGGCAAUACUAUUACUGCUCAUAUAUGGGGACUUUAAACCUCAGGCCUUAAAAGACGAGAUGCACGUCUCUCAUGAGUCAAGUAUUUGUCGAUACAUCCUGAACUGAUUCUUGCUGCACACUUCUGUGCGUCUCUAUGGGGCUCAAAGCCGCAGUGGUGUUGCGUCACGCCUCAUAAACACAUGUUAGGAUAUCCGGAAAAACACAUUGUACUUGAACUUUCUAAUGCAGAAGUUUACACUGAGGCCAUAAGAAAAUAAUGUGUCUUUGCCAACAGUUUAAAUGUGUGAAGAUUGCACUCGCAAUAAUUUGCCUUUCGUAAGAUUCCCAAUCCAUGAUCCUUAUACCGAACUUUACCAAAACAGUAUCAGCAUCAGAUCUGUGAGUGUUGGUUGAACAGUGUGAAAUGUGACAACAUAAACACUGUGUUUUACCUUACGGCUGCCACUGGCAUUAAUAUUUGCAGCAAAUUAUGCUUUAGUUUGCUUUUGUUUUUUGAACUACUUUCAAUGGGCUCGACAAGACAAUUCGAUUUUUAAACUUCAGCUUUUAAAGUUUUUAUAUACAGUAUUUCAUUCUGAUUUCUAUGAAGUAUAUAUACAUAUACUGUAUAUUGAGGAUGCACCAAUAUUUUGGCCUAUUAUUGGUAUAAGCAGAUUGCCACUAUCGGACAUCGGCGAAUUGUUUAAAAACAGCCAAUGAUGAAGCCAGAUUAUACCUGGCAUUUAAAAGGGGCAUAUAAAAACUCAAACUUGAUAAAAAUGCAGUUCUUUCGUACGCUUGGCGUAAAAUAAUUUAUAAAUAAAAAGCAAAAUGUAUUUACUUUUAGGCAUUUAGUGGCUUUUGCAUUGGAUCCCCUACAUAUAAUUUACAGACCUAUUAGAUCGUGUGAAACCGAUAAACAAUCAUGUUUAAAUCAUACUUGGUUUUAAAUUCUAGUAUUUUAUGCAAGUAUGGCUUGCAAUUUAAUUGCAUGUUUGCAGUCUGAAUCAAUGUCCCCGAGGUAAAAAAUUUUCUCUGUUAAGCAUUACAAAACAGCUUAUUUUAUAUGCAUACAGUAUGUCUGUUUACAGAUGCCAUGUGUGACUGUUGUGUCAAUGCAAAUAACAUCUGCAGGUCAUUUUAACACAUUAAGGGAUUUCAGUCUCUGAUACGCACAAAUGAAUCAGAUUUCUCUGUUUCUUUAAGCCAAAGUAAACCUUAUCUCUUCUUGUUCAGUACUUUUUUAUUGAAUAUAAUUUUUUAAACACUUGUUUAGCUUUUUAUAUUAUGUGUUUUUGUUUGUCAUACUUCACUUAGCACUGAUUCAUGAACCUGUUUUAAGACCUACUGUAUAAAACAGUUUUUAUUAUCAUUUUGUUGAUACUGUGAACGAUUUUCAGAUAUUAUGUAAUGAUGUUACCAUAUUUAUGAGAACGCUGGAUGAUAAUUUCAUUCUUAUGCAACUAACUAAUAGGUUUUCUGGCAGUAUAAGAGGAGCCAGCAGAGGGCGCCAGUGUACUGUGAAUGAGUCUCAUGUAGAAAUGAUUGUAGCUUUGCUCUGCACACUUCUGCAGAUAUGUUGUGUUAUUUAUGAAGACUCACAAAACUCACUUUUAGAAAGUCACUUUAAUUUUUUAUUUUUAAAAAUCAUUUUUAGUUUUUUUUUUUUUCAUUUUUACAAAGACUGCGUUCCAACUUACAUUCAACAAUGCUACUUGUAUUAUUUUGCAGUAUUUACACUAGUAUGUAUCAUGGACAGCAUGCGAGUAUUGUGUAGGCUAUGUAUUGAAAACCCAAAUGAUCAAGAUUUCAAAUGUGCUGUAUACAGUCUAGUGUACUUACGGUGUGCACCUGCAUUGUACAGUCAUUACGUGAUCUUUCAUUUGCAGUGAAUGAAGGAUUCAUAUUUAAUAAAAUCAGCAUUCAGGAA